AAAGGAUUGAACUAAGAAAUAACAAGAUUUAACAGGUAAGUACCUUGGAACAUUCAGAAGAGCACCAUGGGAGAAACUGAGAAAAGAACUGAGACCCAUAGAGUAAGAUGUCUUUCCAAAAUAAAGAUGUUUUUGUUGGCAUUAACAUGUGCAUAUGUGUCCAAAACACUGUCUGGAUCUUAUAUGAAUUCCAUGCUUACACAAAUAGAGAGACAAUUCAACAUUCCAACAUCUCUAGUUGGAUUUAUUAAUGGGAGCUUUGAGAUUGGAAAUCUUUUACUGAUUGUAUUUGUGAGUUACUUCGGAACCAAACUGCAUAGACCUAUAAUGAUUGGUGUUGGAUGUGUGAUAAUGGGCUUAGGGUGCUUCUUACAGUCACUACCUCAUUUCCUAAUGGAUCGAUAUGAAUAUGAAUCUACAGUUUCAGUUUCAAGCAACUUGUCCUCAAAUAGUUUCUUGUGUGUGGAAAAUGGAACCCACAUUUUCAGACCAACAGAAGAUCCAUCAGCAUGUGUGAAGGAAGUUAAGUCAUUAAUGUGGGUUUAUGUACUAGUAGGAAAUAUUAUACGUGGCAUUGGUGAAACUCCCAUUAUGCCUUUGGGUAUUUCCUAUAUAGAAGAUUUUGCGAAAUCUGAAAACUCUCCUUUAUACAUAGGGUUAAUAGAAACAGGAGCUAUUAUUGGUCCUUUGAUUGGACUUUUGUUAGCAUCAUUCUGUGCAAAUGUUUAUGUUGACACUGGAUCUGUGAACACAGAUGAUCUGACAAUAACUCCCACUGACACUCGUUGGGUUGGUGCAUGGUGGUUUGGCUUUUUGAUUUGUGCAGGAGUGAAUGUGCUCACUGCCAUUCCUUUUUUCUUUUUGCCCAAAACGCUUCCAAAGGAAGGACUAAAGGAUAAUGUUGAUAAAAUUGACAAGGAGGAGAAACAUAAAGAUCAAGAGGUCAAGCAGGAAAAGGAUGGAAUCACUAAAGAUUUUUUACCAUUUAUGAAAAGUCUUUUAUUCAACCCAGUGUACAUGCUUUUCAUACUCAUAAGUGUGCUACAAUUCAAUGCAUUUAUUAAUAUGAUCUCCUUUAUGCCUAAAUAUAUAGAACAACAAUAUGGAAAAUCAUCUUCAGAUGCUAUUUUUCUAAUUGGUAUUUAUAACUUACCUCCAAUAUGCAUUGGAUAUAUUGUUGGUGGUUUAAUUAUGAAGAAGUUCAAGAUUACUGUCAAACAAGCUGCCCACAUAGGAUGUUGGUUAUCUUUACUUGAAUAUCUUCUCUAUUUUUUGUGUUUUGUCACAACCUGUGAUAAUUCUUCAGUUGCUGGCCUAACCACAUCUUAUGAAGGAAUGCAACAUGAUUUAUAUGUGGGAAAUACUCUCUUUGCUGAUUGUAACAUGAACUGUAACUGCCCAAUUAAAAUUUGGGACCCUGUUUGUGGAGACAAUGGUUUGUCGUACAUGUCAGCUUGUCUUGCUGGUUGUGAGAAGUCCACUGGAUCAGGAAUUAAUAUGGUGUUCCAAAAUUGUAGCUGCAUUCAAACAUCACUAAAUUCAUCUGCAGUUCUUGGGCUGUGUGACAAAGGACAUGGCUGUGCCAUGAUGCUUCAGUACUUUUUAAUAUUGUCAGCUCUCGGCAGUUUUAUUUAUUCUUUAGCUGCCAUACCUGGAUAUAUGGUUCUCUUGAGAUGUAUCAAGUCUGAAGAGAAGUCUCUUGGUGUGGGAAUACAUGCUUUUUGUACAAGAGUAUUUGCUGGAAUUCCUGCACCUAUAUAUUUUGGAGCUUUAGUGGACUCCACAUGUUUACAUUGGGGAACUUUGAAGUGUGGCGAGCCAGGGGCAUGCAGGAUAUAUAAUUCCACUAAUUUCAGAUACAUCUACCUUGGGUUACCAGCAGCACUAAGAGGAUCAAGCUACAUUCCAGCCAUACUGAUUCUAUUUAUUUUGAGGAAGCGUCGUCUACCUGGUGAAAAUGUCUCUUCAGGAAUUGUCCUUGUAGAGACAAAGGUUACAGGGAAGAGCAAUGAGUGCAAAGAUAUGCACCAAUAUUCCAAAGUUGUGAAUGAUGAAGACAUGAAAACUAAACUGUAAUGCCUUAUGAUAUCAUGCUCCCAGAGUUGAAGAACAUGCUAUACAAGUUAGUUGUUUUUAAAAUCAGUAGUUAUCUUACCUAAAGGUACUGUAGGAUGACAUUUUCCUGUCUUUAAGAAACUCA